AUUUAGGUGUAUAUAUAUAGCCAUCUUCCCCCAUCCAUUUGUCCUCCCCCACACACACACUCCUUCCUCAUUUCAAGGAGCAUUCUUUACUCCUCCGUCUUACAAGUGGCCACCGCCAACCGCCGCCGCCACCCAUCACCAGAUCUCCUCCGCCGCAAAAUUUUUUUAUAAAAAAAAUUGUUUGAAAAUGCCUAUUGAUGUUAUGGGUCAGCCCAAAUUUGUGAUUGAAGCAUCAGAGGCGGAGUCCAUGGCCCAAUCAGUGGGCCUCCCCGGCGUGAGCCACCUCCUUCCGGCUCUCGUAAAGCCGGCGCAGGCACUCGCCCGCCCGCCCAUCUCCAACUUCCCCGUCGCCGCAGUUGGGCUGGCCUCCGACGGGCGUGUCUUCAUCGGAGUCAACGUCGAGUUCCCGGGGCUUCCCCUCUCGCACUCCGUCCACGCCGAGCAGUUCCUCGUCACCAAUCUCCUCGCCAACGGCGGGCCCCGCCUCGUCUCCCUCGCCGUCUCCGCCGCCCCCUGCGGCCACUGCCGCCAGUUCCUGCAGGAGCUCCGCUACUCCUCCUCCCUGCAAAUCCUCGUCAUCUCCCAAACCAAAGACGACGACUCUGACGUCACCUUCAAACCCUUGUCCCAGUUCCUCCCCAGCCAUUUCGGACCGUUCGAUCUUCUCGACCACGAAUCCCCUCUGCUCCUCGAGCCUCACAACAAUGGCUUGUCCCUGAGCGACAUCGUCGCCGCCGACAAUUCGAUCCUUCUGAAGAUUUCGGCGCUGGAGGCGGCGAAUGAAUCGCACGCUCCUUAUAGCCAUUGCCCCUCAGGGGUGGCAUUGAUGGAUUGUGAAGGGAAAGUAUACAAGGGCUCUUAUACAGAAUCCGCCGCUUACAAUCCCAGUCUUGGGCCGGUUCAGGCGGCAUUGAUCGCCUUCAUAGCCGGAGGGGGCGGCGGAUAUGAGCGGAUUGUGGCGGCUGCGCUGGUGGAGAAGGAAGAUCCAAAGGUGAGGCAAGAAGACACUGCUAGCCUACUCUUGAAGGUCAUUUCUCCCAAGUGUGAAUUCAAGGUUUACCAUUGCCCUUCUGAUGCAAAUCUCUGUAAAAAGGCUUCACCUUGAGUACUCAACACCAUGGAAUAUAAUUGUAUGUUCCCCUCCCCACUGUAAAAUACCAAUCUAUGUGAUGAUGAAUCAAUAAAUGGAAUAACAAAUUUAACACAAUCA